AUGGGUCUCGUGGAUUUGCCGUUGUCGGGGGAUCAAGAUAUUUCGGAUCAUCGCCCGAUGUGGAUUAAAUGUAGGAAUAUCAUUUGGGGUCCAAAGUCUUUCGAGGUUUUUGAAUGUUGGUAUGAUCACCCCGAUUUUACGCCCUCUGUUCAACAUGACUGGAGCUCUUUUAUCGUGAAUGGUAGUGCGGCCCAUAUUCUUAACAGAAAUUUCCAAUUGCUUCGGGAGAGAUUGUGUUGGUGGAAUACAAAUGUAUUUGGUCGUGUAGAUCUUCAAAUUGAUGGCUACGCUGAUAGUUUGAAUAACGUUGAGUUGGCUUUCUCUGAGAAUGAUUUUGGUGUGACUUUGGAGGAUCUGGCAGUUAGGAGCAAUGUGCAGCAACAAUUCUGGGAAAAAUUGCACACUAAAGAGAGUAUGCUUCACCAAAAAACUUGA